UCCCCCCGCCCCGGGCCAGCCCCGGGAUCUCGCUGCGGGCCGGGAGCCGGCGCUGGGCUCGGCGGGCGGAUGGAGCGGGGCGGGGGGCGAUGGAGGUGGAUCCCGGGCCCCGCCCCGCCCGCCGGGCUGGGGACCCGCCACCGCCUCUCCAGCGCGGCGCAGGGGGAAGGAGGAGGAGGAGGGGAGAGGGAGGGGAGAGCGAGGGAGGGAAGGAAAUAAGUAAGGAAGGAGAGAAAGAGGGAGGGAGGCGAGGUGUAGCCGCCGCCUUGUCGCUCUGCGUUCUGCAGCCGGCGCGGAGGAGAGGACAGCCCCCGGCAGGCGUACUGGCAUGCUGAAAGUCACCAUGCCCUCAUCCUCCUCGUCCUCCUCGUCCUCCUCAUCCUCCUCCGGCUCCUCGGCCGCCAGCCACCCCGGCUCCGCCGCGCCCGACUACUGGAUCGAUGGCUCCAACAAGGACACCCUGGCUCACUACUUCGAGCUGGAGUCCGAGCUGGGACGUGGGGCUACAUCCAUUGUCUACAGAUGCAGGCAGAAAGGGACCCAGAAACCUUACGCCGUCAAAAUGUUGAAGAAGACAGUAGACAAGAAAAUUGUCCGCACCGAAAUUGGAGUUCUUCUUCGCCUUUCACAUCCCAACAUUAUAAAACUGAAGGAGAUAUUUGAGACCCCUACAGAAAUCAGUCUUGUUCUGGAACUGGUCACUGGUGGAGAACUAUUUGACAGGAUUGUGGAGAAGGGGUACUACAGUGAACGAGAUGCUGCUGAUGCUGUCAGACAAAUCCUGGAAGCGGUUUCUUAUCUGCAUGCAAAUGGGAUUGUGCAUCGAGACUUGAAGCCAGAAAAUCUACUCUAUGCAACACCAGCACCAGAUGCACCAUUAAAAAUUGCUGACUUUGGACUUUCCAAGAUUGUGGAAGACCAUGUGACCAUGAAGACAGUUUGUGGAACUCCAGGGUACUGUGCACCAGAGAUACUACGGGGAUGUGCCUAUGGCCCUGAGGUGGACAUGUGGUCCCUGGGGAUUAUCACCUACAUCCUACUUUGUGGCUUUGAACCGUUUUAUGAUGAAAGGGGAGAUCAGUACAUGUUUAAGAGAAUCCUGAGCUGUGAAUAUGACUUUGUGUCCCCCUGGUGGGAUGAUGUGUCUCUGAAUGCCAAGGAUUUAGUUAAAAAGUUGAUUGUUUUAGACCCCAAGAAACGCCUCACUACUCUUCAGGCUUUGCAGCAUCCAUGGGUCACAGGGAAGGCAAUAAACUUUGCACAUAUGGACAACGCACAAAAGAAACUUCAAGAAUUCAAUGCCCGGCGUAAACUUAAGGCCGCAGUGAAAGCCGUGGUGGCCUCCACGCGCCUCGGCAGCGCCAGCAGUCACGGCACCCACGAUGGCCACAAGCCCAGCCACGGCCCAGGCCCCACGCACGACACCCAGCCCACGGAGAAACCCACUCAGGAAGCGGCAGCAGCAGCGGCUCCAGAAGAAAUGCUUUAGGUGGAUGUUUGUCACUCAUGUCGGCAGAGAUGUGUCCUUUCACACACCAGCUACCCUGUCAUCCAGCGAGACAGAUUAGUAAGCUUGGCCUCUCUGGUUCUGCUUCGGGGUGCCACAGGCCCCGGCUGGUGAUCCUACCUUCAGUGCAUGUGACUGCUUAUGAAAAUAGUAAACUGUUCCAUUAGGCAUGUCAUGGAAACAGUGUAAUUUGCAGUAAUACCGGCAGGUAAAAACAUGGGGAUUAUUAACUACCUACCAUAAUGUGUAUAUUACAUCUAUCUGGUGUUCCUAGGUGGCAUUUGAAAUGAAAUGCUAUUUUGUUUGGUUUUAUGGCAGUAGGUGUCUUAUCUGUGUUGUGAGUUUCUUUGAACCGUUUCCUUCCAAGUUCAUAGUCCUUCAGCAGACAAAAUGGAAGGAAAUACCAAACUAAUACUUUUAAAACUGAUGUAUGAAACAAUUUUUUAUCUGUAACAUUGAAAAAGUAUUUGGGGAUUUACAUGCAAAAAAAAAAAAAAAAAAAAAAAAAAAAAAACCCAAAAAAAAAAAAAAAAUCCACCAAAAAAACAUUCCACUACUUCUAAGAAAUGGAAAUGGUAGUUCCACUGGGCAUGAAAACAUACAUUGUUCAAGUUUGCAUUGAGAAUGCCUUAUCCUGACUUUUCCUGUUUAUAUACAGUAUUUUAAUAGCAACCAAAAUUAUUCAGAUUUCUGCCAUUUCAUUCCACAGUAAAGUGUUAGUGAAAAACCCCAUAGACUAAACAAGGAUUAGCGUACAUGCAAAUUUUUGGCAUACCAUUAUAUUUAUUCGUUUAAAUCCUAAUCUGCAGCUCGAAGACAUUUUAUAGGCCCUAAGGAAAUAAUCUAUAUUUAAGUAAGUUGUAAAUGCUUGGAGGAAGCUAUUCCACAACUUACUGAUUUUGCUUUGCAGAAACACUCUUAUGCAAGGUCUGGGAGCAAGCAGUAUAAUCUAGCUGGUUCCUGGGUAGUUCAACCUCAUGAAUGAGCAGUUUCCACUUGUAAUUAGCCCACAUUUUCCUAACAAAGGACCCCUCCUGCAAAGUGAUCAACCAGCACCGAUCUUGCACCCACCCAGAGCUGUGUCUUGAGUUAGCAGCUGUGUGCAUCAAUCAGCUUGCAAAAGUAGGGUCAGGCUCUUCAGCUAUCUUAAUGUUUUUGUUGAAUGUGAUUGAUAGGAACUGAAAAACUUGUGUGCAUCAGUGUGUAUGACCACUUAGACUUGUUUGUUAUCUAUUUGACAGCAUGUGACUAUUGUACUGAUAUAUUACAAAAAUGGCAAAAAGAACCUGAUGUACAAAAAUGUCAUUUGUGCUUGUUAAACUUUUUAAUUCUUAUAGUUACCUAAUAUCCUAAUACAAUCAUCAUUCCUCUUUUGCUUUAAUGUUUUUAUGUUGUUAGGCCUUGCACAACUUGCCCUGAAAAACUACAGCAACUACUGAAAAAAACAAGACUUUAAUAAAACAUUCAAUAACUACAUUUUCUGAUGAAAUUAAAGGGUAAUACAAUGUUAUUCGUACAGUACAUUUAAUAAAUAAAUGUGCUCUAAAUUAAUAUAUAAAGGAGGAUUAAAGAUCCUCUCUUUACUGGGUGAAAAUGUGUGCUAAUGAAUCUAUUAUACCUGAGAUUUUUUUAUCCAUUUCUUAGAAAUCUUUGAACUUGUACAAAAGGUUUUGCUGACUAAGAAGGGUUGAAAUUUAAAAUACAUGCAUUCAUUCAGUUUUCAAGAACACACUUAGAGGUCAGCUGAAACAUCUGCUGGGGGCAUGGCAGCUGUAUGCAAGCCAACAUGACACUUUUACAGACUUUUCCCUCAGAAACAAGUACAGCAAGAUUAACAGCUUUGGAGAAGAUCAUAGCUACAUCCACCUGUCUCUCUUUUUAUUCUCUGUCUUACCCCCUUUGAGGUCACUGCAGGAAAAAUGCAAUUCUCAGCUACUUUACUCCACCCUCUUACACUGUGGCGAAGUCAUCCAAAUUCACUCAGUAGGGAAGUUUCAUGGGAUAGGCUGGAUUUCUGUAACAUUUCAUCCUUCAUUUGGGAUAAUUGCUUCAAACCUGCAGAAGUGGAGUUGGCUGCACAGUAACUGCACAUCUGUGAGAAUCUGAGCAUAAAUUCCUUCAUCUGAGGCAUGGUUUAUUGAGCUGAAAAGUGGUCCCAGCUGAUUCCCAAUGGUGGUUUUUGCUAAAUUAUACUACAGCAUAUCCUAAGUCUGAACUGAUGCCAUCCAACAGGAGACCUCUUUGUGACGGCAUGAUCUUCAGAGGCAGCUCAAUUUUGUAUAUAAAGGCUCUGGGGCUUCAGUUGUUUUUUUGCUUAGUUUUCUUUUAUCAUACUCGACAUUAAGCAAAUAGGAUGUCUGUGCUGAGUUUAUGAUUACCAGUAUGUGACUCAGUUAAGCUGAUGUAAUUGAUGUAUGACAGCAUUUGUGUGUAUGUGUGUGACUGGAAGACAGGAGUGUUACCUGCACUGGCUUUGAAAAUUCACAUCCUGGUGGCAUCAGCUGUACUGCAGACUGAGAUGUGCAUCAGUGUCUUACUGUGGCUGAAAAAUGUGAACACACUUGAAAACUAUUGGAGAUGGACCAAACUGUUUCCAAAUCUGUGCUUAUAAGCUAAGUAGAAAGUUACUUGUGGUCUUUUGUAUUGAAAUCCUAAGCUUUAAUUUUUUAGAAUAUUUAGCAUAUUAACAAAGGUCUUCAAGUGCCAAAGGGGAAACCUUGCAAUCUUUUUGAAGUAUUUGAACUCAGCAAAACUUCCUUUAAAAGCUGAUUACUUUUGUUGUAGUGUAAUAUUUUAGAGCUACGUUGAUGAUCAGAUGGCUAUUAAAUAGCUAAGGAAUAGCUGCCUUUGCACCACAGCAGGGGUUUUCCUGGGUUCAGAAAGAUUCCCUCCAAAACAGAACAGAUUUCCUGUAAUUUCAAACACUUUUGCUUGCAAU